UUAAUAGAUCAGGAGAGGGGAGGGGCAUGUUGGUCAAUAAAUUGUCUUUAGUACGGGUCUAGGGUUGGCUAAUCAAUCAGUGAUUGGACUUGGAGGUGGAUCCAUCUACGGUUCACUGCUCAAGUCAAGAAAGCUUCUGAAGAGUCUCUCGGGUCUUUGUAUGUAGUGGAUCCAGAGUUAGGUCUUCAUCUAGGUCCCCUUCUUUCAGGUUCAAGGGGAGUUCAUGUCUGUCAGACAGCUUGUAGAAAUUAGCCUGGCUUCACCCUCCUGCUUCAAAUUAGUCCAGGACUAAGAAGUUUACUGUACCACGUCGUCGUGAUGGAGAAAGCCCUUGUAUUGUGGUGAUGCAAACUCGGUGAACAAAGUUGAUGUACACGACACCAGUGAACCUAGCGUGAACUUGAGUGGGUGAAGCAAGCGGAUAGUUUUCUCCAGCACCUGAUAAACCAAAGAAACCAACAUGCUGCUGCCUUCAUGCUUGAGAUGCUGGCUAACUUCAGUCACCAUCUGCAUCCUCCAUGUAUUCUCUACAUCACAAGCAACAAGCUCGUGGAGGGAUCCAGAGCCAAAUCUUAUAUCACUGGACAGCUACACAAAUUUGCGAUCAUUCCAAGGGCAACACUUUGGUGCCAUGACGUUGAACAGUGAGCGGAGGUUGCUGAUGGUCGGAGCACAGAAUUCGUUUCAUAUCAUCAACUUAGACGAGCCACUGGGAAGCAAACAGGGUAUUCAGAACUACACAUGGUCUUCCGAAUUUCAGACGAUACAGAACUGUUUGAUGAAAGGCAUCGAACAGUGGGAAUGCCAGAACUUCAUCGAAGUUUUACAGACGAAUCCUGCAGAAAACAACACGCUAUUUGUGUGUGGAACCAAUGCACAGACACCCAAGUGUAGAUACUUCUCAGAUUCUAGUCUUCAGGAAUAUCAAGAGUCUGAUGGAACUUUCAUCAGCCCUUUCAACCCCAAGCAAGAGGGUACAGCUCUCUUUGCAGAUGGUAACCUAUACACAGGUGUUGCCCGGGAUUAUACGGCCCGAGAUUCAGUCAUCUUUAGAUCGCAGGGACCACAAAAUGUACUCCUUACGAAAGCUAUGGACUCCAAAUGGCUCAAGAUUCCAGCAUUUGUGAAAUCAUUUGAUGUAGGAGACUGGGUCAUGUUCUUCUUCAGAGAAGUGGCAGUGGAGUACACAUCAGGAGAUGCGGUCUACUCCAGAGUUGGGAAAGUUUGUAAGAGUGACGAAGGUGGUGAUUGGAUAUCUGCUGGACAGUGGACAACCUUUCAAAAGAUCCGUCUCAACUGUUCCUUCCCUGGAGCAUUCCCAUUUUACUUCAACUUCCUCCAGGAUGUUCACAUGGUAGAAACAGAGGAUGAUACACUCUUCUAUGGAGUAUUUACAACUGGAAGACAUGAGAUUCCUGGAUCAGCCGUGUGCGUCUUCAGCCUGAACACAAUAAGGACCAUAAUGGACGAGGGAGAGUUCAAAGAGCAACAGGGAGGGGCGUGGUACCCCGCAUCCCCGCCGACAUCACCCAGACCAGGAUUGUGCGACCUAGGUUCACAGAGUUCCCCGAGUACGUUGCAGUGGAUAGCGUCCCAUCCCCUCAUGCACGAGUCUGUGCCCAAUCAUGGGAACCCCCUGCCCGUGUUUGACCUGACGAGGGCAGACUACAGGUUGACGCAGAUCAUGGUUCACAGCCACAAGGCCGUGGAUAAAGAUUACCAAGUUUUAUUUUUAGGAACAGAUGACAGCAAGCUCUUGAAGGUUGUCAUCGUUGAGGGUGAAGGUGGCGCUGUUCAUGCCAAUCUCCUGGAAGAGAUCAGUCUACAUCCAGCAGACAGCUGUGAACGAGUCGUCAACAUGGAGCUGGUGACAAACCACGAAGGAAAGCAGGUUCUUGUCGUCAAUACGAACAGCUCCAUCUUGGAAGUCCCUCUGCAGAGAUGUAUAAACUACACAAGUGACUGUACCUGUACACAAGAUCCCUACUGCGUUUGGAAUAGCUUAACGGAUCAGUGCUACGAGUAUACUGGAGAUAAUGCAUUUGACGCACAAGAUGUCAGUAACAUCCAAGAAUGCCCAGAUGAACCACCACCACCCACUACCCCUCAACCUGAGUGUAUAUGUGAGACCGAUGCACCUCCCGCCGCCGCUACCACCAAAUACACGACCGUUAUCACCACGGCGUCUACAACGUUGCCCCAGACAACCACCGCCGUUCCCACCACACUCAGCACAGUGUCCACAACAAAUCUUGAAUGGACAUCAACUGUUAAUAGUUCUACCUUACCAGCAGGGAGCCAUCAUACGUCAGAAAAAUCAAACCCGGGUGACGAAAUUACAGACGGCGACAUCGACAACAACAUUUCCGAAGGCAAGCCUAUCCCUUCCUUGUCCCCGUCCACCACCAUUAGCAACGUGAUUGGUCCUGUUGUCAUCUCGGAUGUGGACAUUUUCCAAGUUGCCCCAACCAUUGCAAAUGAAGUAGAGGGUGUGCAGGGCGAUGAUAAACAUAUACUAAGACCGGAUGUGUAUGAGUAUCCACAACGGAACCAAAGCCUGCUGGACGAGAGCAACGUGCUGGUCCUGGUCUUCCUCAUCCUGGGCUGGAUCCUCUUCACGUUCUGCGGGAUGGUGGUCCUGUACCAGUGCUACAACCAGCAUCAUAAGGGUAUCUAUCAACCUCCCACCAGUGAUGAUAGCAUCUUGAGUGCAAGAAUGAAGACCAAGGAGCAGAAAGACCUCCUCUCUACCCAAAACCAGAAUGGAAAGGUGGGCAAUGGCAUCCCAAUGGAGGUCCCGUGGUCGCCCCCCUCCCGUGCCACCCACACCCCUGCAGGCCGGGAGAGAGACUCUCUUGGACCAGUCAACGGCCACAGCUUACCUAGACGACCCGUGCCAGUCCCUACACCCAUGGUUCCACCGGCCUACCGCUCCCCCGUCUCCUUCGCUCAGACGGUAGGCUCCCUGCCCAGCCCCGCCCGCAUCAACAAAUACAAAAACAACACCAGCACUUUUAACAGCCUUGACAGGCACAGGACACCACAAAUCCACAAUCUGUAUGUGGACCACCCGCGUAGUCACGCCAAUGAACCUUAUUACAGCGGGCGGAUCAUGACGGCGGAGGAUAGGAGACCAUCGGGUGCUUCGGACAGUGAGAUGUACGAUGAUGAUGUGUGGCAGCCCAGGAUGGCCGGUGAGGAGCUGGUAUGACUAUUAGACCACCGUCAGGGUCAACCCAACGGAGAGCAUCCUCAACGGACCCAGUCUAACGAAGAGCUGGGAGAUUUAUCUCUCUGAAAAAGACUUGUAGCAGUACUCUGUGUGAUUGAAGCACUCAUUCCUCGAUGGAACAAGCCAUAAACAUUGUGA